AUGGCACAGACGCAGCAGCCUUCAACCAUCUUCCCCCAGUCCCACGUCGGUUUCGACAGCAUCACAUCCCAGAUCGAGAAGAAGCUGUUGAAGCGUGGUUUCCAGUUCAAUGUCAUCUGUGUUGGCCAGACGGGACUGGGCAAGUCGACCCUGAUCAACACCAUCUUCGCCUCUCACCUGAUCGACUCCAAGGGCCGCCUGCAACCCGACGAGCCCAUCCGCUCGACCACCGAGAUUAAGGGUGCUUCCCACAUCAUCGAGGAGAACGGCGUCCGCCUCCGCCUCAACAUUGUCGACACCCCUGGCUACGGUGAUCUCGUCAACAACGACCGCUGCUGGGACCCUAUCGUCAAGUACAUCAAGGAUCAGCACUCCGCGUACCUGCGAAAGGAGCUCACCGCCCAGCGCGAGCGCUACAUUCAGGACACCCGCAUCCACUGCUGCUUGUUCUUCAUCCAGCCUUCCGGCCACUCCCUGAAGCCCAUUGACAUUGUCGUCCUCAAGAAGCUGUCUGAUGUCGUCAACGUUGUUCCCGUCAUUGCCAAGGCCGACUCCCUGACCUUCGAGGAGCGCCAGGAGUUCAAGGCCCGUAUCAAGGAGGAGUUCGCUUUCCACAACCUCAAGAUGUACCCUUACGACAACGAGGAAUUUGAUGACGAGGAGCGCACUGUCAACACCGGCAUCAAGGACAUGAUUCCCUUCGCCGUCGUGGGCUCUGAGAAGUCCAUCAUCGUCAAUGGCCAGCAGGUCCGCGGUCGCCAGAACAGGUGGGGCGUCAUCAACGUCGAGGACGAGAACCACUGCGAGUUCGUCUACCUGCGAAACUUCCUUCUCCGCACCCAUCUCCAGGACCUCAUCGAGACGACGUCUCAGAUCCACUAUGAGACUUUCCGUGCCAAGCAACUGCUCGCCCUCAAGGAGAGCAGCGCGCACGGCGGUAGCAGCCGACCCAUCAGCCCUGCCGCCGACCGGGAACUUAGCAGGGGCUCGCAACGGAUGACCAUGAACGGAUACUAG